GGUGUUUUAUUAUUGGCGGAAAGUCAAACGGUUAAAAGUCAAAUUUGAACGUCAUAACGGUCGAGUGAGGGUUUUUGUGUUCAUUUUUAUCUUUAAGUGGUAAAAACUUUACCUUUUGUGAUAUCAUCGUAAUGCAAGUGUUUAUUUAACUAAUAAAAUGGAUUUUAAAAACGAGACUCCUUCGAAAUCAAAGAAUUUGAUGAACAAAGUAUUAAGUAACCCAAUGAACUGUGAUAGCCCCUUCAGACUUCUCCCCAACAUUUCCACGCCCCCUUCAAGGUUUGCAAAAAUACUUAACCCUUUUGAGCCCCACUUAAUAGACCGUAUGCACCUUCCAACAUUCAGUCCCAGUGUUUUCACCCAAGUCUCAACCCCAAAGACUGACAAAUUCAAAUGGACAAUCGACGAAAUUUCAUCCCUCAAACCGGCCGACAUCGACGAAGCAACAAUCUCGCAACACGUCUCCUACCACGACCCCACAAUCGAGUCCCUAGUGCAAGAAAAAAUCGACAAGUUUUUCAAGGAAAAAGCGAUAGUCCCUAGUCCCAUCAACCAAGUCCAGCCACUCCCCCUCGCAAUGUCGCCCCCACGUUCGCACACCUCCUCCCAAACCGUGCUAACCCUCCCCCCGGUUCUCCCAAAACACGUGGAGGAGAUCCUCGCCCCCUAUUUCUCGUACACUCCCGACGAGUUUGACCACGACUCGUCGCUCUAUCGCAGAUUAUUCGAGUUUGAGGGGCACAGCAGCCCCGCCACGUCAAGUCCCGCGCCCUCCACGGGCCUCUCUCCUAUCCAGUUCUCGCCGGAAUUCAACCCUCACUCGCCCAAAACCAAGCUGGAGAGUACACUGGAAGUGCCCGAGUUGCGAGACUGCACUUUGUCGCCGAUCGGGCGCUCCCCCUUGUCUCGGUCGGCGUGCAGACUCAGUUUUUCGGCCCAUAUGUCCGUGGAUGCGAGCAUGGUGGUGCCAGAUGUGAACAAGAGUCUCCAUGUCACCACUCUAGAACAGGAGACUUCGUUCCAGCCUUUGGAAGAUGGGGGCCCCUGUGAUUCGCUAGUUAAUUGGGACAUGGAGUAUAAGCAAGUUUCGAUUUUGUCGCGGUCGCCGGUCAGCAGCCCCGAAAGGAUCGACUCUUCGAAUAGUGAUACGCCCCAUUCCAGAAUUUUCACUAGUCAGAGAAAAAGACUGUCGGAUAGUUUUAAAGACGAAGAGUUUGACCGAGAUGUUGAGAUGGCUGAAGAUGUCAUAAUGAAACGUGUGAAAAAUAGACUGGGUGAAGAUGUCACCGAUGCAGGGUACCAUACCGGGGGUGCCACUUUGUGUGAGAGUUCCACGCACAUGUUUGCAUCGACGCCCACUAAAAACAAGUACUGAACGAGAAUAAGACCUGUUUUUUAUAAAUUAAUUAUUUUCUUAGCGUCAAGGUAAGUUUUAAACAUUAUGUAUUUAUGAUUUAAAAUGCUUGUGUUCGUUUUUACAAAACCAGAAAUUAUUUUUGUCAUUUUUUGAUUUGUAAUGGACAAAACAAAUAUUUUGUUUAUGUGCAAUCGCCCCAAUAAAUAUUAUACAAGACA